AUGUCGUCUGCCGCAAUGUCGAAAAAGAACAAGGGGAAGAAGGUUGCGGAUCCCAAUGAGACGUCGAAGCUGCUCGCGGCCAAGAUCUCCCAGUUGGAACAGGAUGCGGCCGGAGAAAAAGAUCAAGAGGCAGAAAUCGAACGUGAAGUCAAGAAAGCCACCCGAGAUCUGAAUCAGUUAUUGAGCAACAUCGAAUCCCCUAUGACCCGACUGGAAACCGUUCACAAGAAGUACACAGAACUUUUGGCCGAUAUGAAAAAGUUAGAUCGCGACUACACCAAAAGCAAGAAGCGAGCAGAUCAGCUGCAAAAGGACCAAGACAAGGGAAAAUCAGAGUUAAACAAGACGGUCACCAUGAAGGAUAAACUCGAGAAGCUGUGCCGAGAGCUGACAAAGGAAAAUAAAAAGGUCAAGGACGAGAACAAGAAGCUCGAAGAGACCGAGAAGAAAGCGCGCUUGAUUGUCAAUGAACGUCUCGACUCCCUUUUGUACGAUAUCCAAGACGUCAUGGCGGCCAAGGGCAAUCCGCGCAGCGAGAAGCUCGAUAUCGAUCUGGACGAAGCUCUACGCGCCAAGAUCAAAACUAUCGGCGAGAAGUUCGAAAUGCGCGAACUGCAUUAUCGGUCUCUUCUACGCAGCAAAGACGCCGAGAUACAGUGCCUGACGGCCAAGUAUGAGGAACAGCGCCGCGCCGCUGAGAAUGAGGCUACUCGUUGUCGUGCUCUUAGUUCGCAGGUGUCGACGUUCUCCCAUACCGAAGCAGAACUUCGUAGUCAACUCAACAUCUAUGUGGAGAAGUUCAAGCAGCUCUUCCUGACUUUUCGCAAAGAGAUGGAAGAAAUGUCAAAGAAGACGAAACGUCUAGAAAAGGAAAAUCUCACCCUCACUCGCAAACACGACCAAACGAACCGAAACAUCCUUGAAAUGGCCGAGGAACGCACGCGAAACCACGAAGAACUCGAAAAGUGGCGCAAGAAGAGCCAUCACCUCGAAGCGCUUUGCCGACGCAUGCAAGCUCAAGGUCGGGGCCAAGGUCUUGCCGCUGAGCUCGACGGAGAUGACGAAGGCACGGAGAGCGAAUACGAGGAAGACUAUGAGGAUGAAGAAGAUGACGAAGAAAUCAGUGACGAUGAAUACGACCUCGACAGCACGGACCGUGAGAUAAACGGAGAUCGAAACGCGACACAGCAGCCUGAGAAGCCCGUCUUCGGACCACCGCCGCCCCCCAACCUUCUGGAGGCGCGAGCCAACGGAAACAAGGCCAUGAUAAAUGGAUGCCAUUAG